CACUCGGGCUCCCCUCGCCAUUGUGUGGCUGCGCCGCGGUCCUCGCUGCCGGCGGCGAUGCUGAAGGGCUCCGCGUCCUCUCCUCGCUGGCGGGAACUCGCUCCAGCGCCGGAAAGCGGCCACCCCGCCUGCUGAAGAACGAAACUUUGCCUGUGUGUCCCCUCCCCGCGCCGCUCCUUUCCCUUCGCCGGCCCCGGCGCGCCCUGCUCCAUGCGCUGAGCGGCAGCGGGGCGCCCGCACGGCCCCAUGGACGCCUUCAGCGCCGCCAAGGCUAAAAUAGGGGCGAAGAGUGGCGGCGAGGCAGCGGCGGCGGGGCUGGCAGCGCCUCCGCCCCCCGGCCCCGCCGCGCCCGAGGCCGCCGCCUGCAAGCUGGAGGACCUGGAGACCCUGGCCACCGUGGGCACUGGUACCUUUGGGCGUGUUCAUCUGGUGAAGGAAAAAAUGGCCAAGCGUUACUUUGCACUGAAAGUAAUGAGCAUUCCUGAUGUCAUUCGACUGAAGCAAGAACAACAUGUGCACAAUGAAAAGUCAGUCUUGAAAGAGGUCAACCACCCCUUUUUGAUCAGAUUAUUUUGGACCAACCAUGAUGAACGUUUUUUAUACAUGUUAAUGGAAUAUGUGCCAGGAGGAGAACUUUUUAGUUACCUGCGCAACAUGGGGCGUUUCAACAACAGCACAGGACUGUUCUACUCAGCAGAAAUCAUUUGUGCAAUAGAAUACCUGCACUCCAAAGAAAUAGUUUACAGAGACUUAAAACCUGAAAAUAUAUUACUAGACAAAGAAGGACAUAUCAAGCUUACUGAUUUUGGAUUUGCUAAAAAGCUGGUGGAUAGAACAUGGACGCUUUGUGGUACUCCUGAGUACCUUGCACCAGAAGUUAUACAAAGCAAAGGCCAUGGAAGAGCGGUGGACUGGUGGGCACUGGGCAUUCUUAUAUUUGAGAUGCUGUCAGGGUUUCCUCCAUUUUUUGAUGACAAUCCGUUUGGUAUAUAUCAGAAGAUUCUUGCUGGCAAAAUAGAUUUCCCAAGGCAUUUGGAUUUGUAUGUGAAAGAUCUUAUUAAGAAGCUGCUUGUGGUUGACAGAACAAGACGAUUAGGAAAUAUGAAGAAUGGAGCAGAUGAUGUGAAGAGACAUCGAUGGUUCAGGUCUAUAGAUUGGGAUGCUGUACCUCAAAGGAAACUAAAGCCUCCCAUAGCACCAAAAGUAUCCAAUGAUGGGGAUACUUCCAAUUUUGAAGCUUAUCCUGAAGAUGACUGGAACAAGACACCUCCGGUACCCCCUAAAGAUUUAGAAAUUUUCAAGAAUUUCUGAGUGUGACAUCUGCACCAGAUGGGAAACUGGAAGAAAAUGGAAGUGCUAAGAGCAGGUCUGAAGAAAAAUGGAGUUCAUACAUAAAUGAAGACUUUGUGAAUAAGAAUGAUAGCACAUUCAGAUAUGUUUAUUAGUAUAUAGUAAAUGUCUAAAGAGUUGGAGGCAGGCAAGAAUUAUUUUUUGCUGCAAAUAUUUGACAUUAGUUUAGUAAACUGUAAUAUUGAUAGUCUACUCUGAGGUAGACUCUGGAAUAUUUUAGGAUUUUUUUUUUUCUUAACUUAUGGUUUAGUUAAGUUUCCUGCUAUUCCCAGAUCUUUUUUGCAUAGUUAACUCAUAGACUUUAUUUUAUAAGUUUAUACUAACCUUGUGUAAUUAAAAGCACAAAUUAGUAUAUAUGUAUAUAAUGAAUGCAGUACAACUAAAGCACAGGAGCUGUGCAAAGAUGUAAAUUUUUGUACUUUGCAGAGUCUAUGAUUUUUAUUUUUCAAAUGUUUUUCAAGAAGUUCUCUAGGAAUAAAAAUCUUAAAAGGAUAAAUGAGUUUUUCAUCAUCUUAUAUACAUUUUAUAAUUCUUUGUAAAAAAUAAAAAUAAUUAAGUUUUAAAAAAGAUUUGUACCUAAAAUUUCCAAUGCCUCACACUUGCAACCAUAAGUACUUGAAAGCAGAAAGACAAGGGCGUGUUUUAUUGUUGAGUAAGGUACAUCUUCAUGGCUAAUUUAUUAUGUUACAGUGCUGUCUCUUUACAAACUAGGAUAUUGAGUGAUUAGACACUGUCUGAAAUGAGAUUCCUCACAUGAAGACUCCAUAUAAAUGUGUCAUUCAGUGCAUACUGAUAAAAGGGCUUUAACUGGCUCUGACAGUUGUUCUCUCUCAAGCUUGCUCUCUUCUCAUGUAAAAUAUGAGUCAUAACACACUUUUUUCAUUAUUGAAAUAGUUGUUGCUGUAUGCUUGGUACUUCAGAGUAUCAGAGGGAAGACUGAAUAUAUAUUGGAGCCUAAUUUUCCUGCCUCUACUUUUAGAAAUGUCCUAAAGCCUCUGCUGCCAGGAAUCCCACACGUACAGAGUUCAAACCUUAGAUGUAAGGAGUCUCAUUUUUCAUCCUGUAUUAACAUCUUUCUAGCAGCUUGAGUACACUGUAUAUAGGAAGUAUUUGCAAUACUGCUUCAUUUUAAAUAGCACCAAAUGUCAGUAUGUGUGUUUGUAUGUACCUAUGUAUACGAAUACACAUGAACAUAAAGGCAGAUUGUAUACAAGUCAAGAUUUUUUUUAGGGUUCUUUGAUGUUACAUAUUGUGAUACUUGUGCUAACAUAGGAAAUUUGAUUUUGAAGUGCUUCGAUUUCAAAAAAUAAAUAUUCUUCCAUAUGUUGUGGUCUUAGAUAACUUUAGUGCAAUUGUGAUACUUAGACCAAAAAUAUUUUUUUGAAAGCACAGCAGCUCACUGGAGUUCUGCUACUGUGACUGAUGGCAUUUCAUAAAACUGCUAAGGUGGAACCUGCAGUUUCUCCCACAAACUGCUGUCCACAUUUUUAAUCUGAAAUGCCAUAAGAAAUAUAGGCCAGAGAUUCAUGUUUCUGAACUAAUCCUGAAUGUUUAUGAAGUAGAUGUUCUGGUAAUUGCUAAUGAAAUUGCCAUGUUUAUAAUUUUAUUACAGAUCUGCAGCUGGAGUCGCUUCAUGGAAAGCUGACCUCAAUUUUCUUUUGUUUAGCUCUGAACAGUACAGAAGUGCAGUUGAGAACUUGCAGUUUCUAGGAUAUUAGAUGUUUCUUCAUAAAGCAAGUCUUAACUUUAGGAGAUUGCAUAACUUUGUGCAAAAAUGCACAAUGUGUAACAAGACCACGAUACUUCAAAGUGGUAAUUCUAGAAUAUCACAAAGCCUUCUUAGUGUUGUGCAAGUGCCACAAGAUGAUGGCUGCAGCUGCCACUUAUUAAAGACUGUGUGGGAAUGUAUAAUGAAAUAGAGAAAAAUCCUCAGAAAAUAAUUAUUUUAUCCUCUAAAACUACCUUAUACUCUUGAAAAAAGAUUUAUGUGGCCCACUGUAUUUGUGUCUGGAAUUAAUUAUUCCAAGUCAAUUGGGAAAACUGAAGCACAUAAAAUGCAGCUUCCUUUGUCUAAGGUAAGCACAGUUCAGGGGUUUUCUUUAAUGUGUAAGCUUACAGUAUUUUAUGGAAUCUGAGUACUACAAAACCAGUUUCUUAAAAUGUACAUACUGCAACAAGCAAGUGGGGUAAUAUUUUUUUUUUAUUUUUUUUUCCCCAUAUUUAAAAACUGCAUUGUGUUCAAGUCUUCAUAGUUGGGGAAAUUAAGUUACGUUUGACUAAUGUGCCGCAUUGGUGGUUAGAAGUUUUGAAUGCUUGAACAACAGAAGAUAGUGGGUUUUCUUUUUAUUAAUCUUAUCCAUUGCUGGCAGUGGAUGCACGGACACUCGUUAUUUUAGAGACAGGAGAAACAAAUACAAUCUUGUUAUUAAUGGUAAUCCAUUGACUUUACGUUGUUUCCUGAGCCAUGCGUACAUUUGUCUAACUAUUGACCUCGUCAACAUGCUUUCUAGUACAAAACUGCUUUCAAUUUUUUUGAUUAAAAGUUUUCAAGCAUUGUUUUAAGUGAUCAGUUAUUUUCUCAAUUGUCUGUUAUUACCUGCCCUUUUUAUUUAUUUGCACAUUUGAAUUUAUUUUAAGUCAUUUCUGGGAUUUCAUGGCCUACUAGUGUAGUUUUGUCUUGAGUCCACGGUUACACACUGCACUAAGUACUCUGGGUUUAUGGGAUUUUUAAGCAGCCUAGAA